GAUUGAAAGGAUGCACCCCGGACAUGCUCGUUGGAGCGAGCCGCGCAUGCUGACUGCCACGUUCUGCUCUCCCGCACUCUCGGCUAAUAGAGUACCCCAAACUUGACCGAAGACUUUGAGGAAAUCUCCGCACUCAACUCUGGGGAAAAUGUGGGGGUCUUGACCCCGACGGCGAGCCCCUGGAUCGGUCGGCCUUUGGGGAAGCCGGCUCGGGCUGGGGUUUAAGAAGUCCUGGUUCCUCUUGGAUGGUCGGGGAAAGAUCUGGUACUCUGUACUCGACCAUCCACCAAGCCCCUUGCCGAGCCGAGUCCUCUUCCAUCCAUCCGCGUAUUCCGACUUGAGUCGAUAUGCACGCCGUUUCCAAGUUGGUGGCGGCCGGGGGCGCUCUGGCGCUCUGGCUGCAGCCGGCGGCCGCGCAGGCACAAUGUGCCAACGUCUCUUCGACCGAGACGUACGACUACAUUAUUGUAGGAUCCGGUGCGGGCGGCAUUCCCAUCGCGGACCGCCUGAGCGAGGCCGGCCACAAGGUGCUUCUGAUCGAAAAGGGGCCGCCGUCGACCGGCCAAUGGGGCGGAAUAAUGAAGCCGGACUGGCUGAUCGACACGAGUCUGACUCGCUUUGAUGUCCCCGGUCUGUGCAAUCAGAUCUGGGCCGACCCGACCGGCGCGAUAUGUACCGACGUCGAUCAGAUGGCCGGUUGCAUGCUCGGCGGCGGAACCGCGGUCAACGCGGGACUGUGGUGGAAGCCGCACCCUGACGAUUGGGACGUCAACUUCCCCGAGGGUUGGCACAGCGGUGAUCUAGAGGCCGCCACGGAACGGGUCUUCUCUCGAAUUCCCGGCACCAUCGCGCCUUCAAUGGACGGCGAGCGAUACUUGUCGCAGGGCUUCGACAUGCUGGGCAACAGCCUCGAGACAGCGGGCUGGGAGUACCUAGUCCCGAACGACCACCCGGAUAAGAAGAACCGCACCUACGGGCACAGCACCUUCAUGUAUUCCGGUGGCGAGAGAGGCGGGCCGUUGGCCACCUAUCUUGUGUCGGCAUUCGAGCGCGAGAGCUUCACUCUCUGGAUGAACACAACCGUGAAGCGGGUGAUUCGGGAGGGCGGACAUGCUACCGGCGUCGAGGUAGAGUGCAGCCGCGGCGGAGUAGGCCAUGCUGGGACCGUCGCGCUCACCCCCAACACGGGUCGCGUGAUUAUUGCGGCGGGAGCAUUCGGCUCCGCGAAGCUGCUUUUCAGGAGCGGUAUUGGGCCGACGGACCAGCUGAACGUUGUCAAGAACUCGACCGAUGGCCCAACCAUGAUUGAUUCGGAGCAGUGGAUCAACUUGCCGGUCGGCCACAACCUGAACGACCAUGUCGGGACGGAUAUCGAGAUUGCGCACCCGGACGUGGUUUUCUACGACUACUAUGGCGCCUGGGACGAGCCGAUCAUUCCCGACACCGAGUCUUACUUGGCCAACAGGACUGGUCCGUUGGCCCAGGCCGCCCCUAAUAUUGGACCGAUUUUCUGGGAGAUCAUCACAGGAAGCGACGGUAUCUCUCGCCACCUCCAAUGGCAGGCUCGCGUCGAAGGAACACUCAACACGUCCAUGACGGUCACCCAGUACUUGGGCACAGGCACUCUGUCCAGAGGCCGGAUGACCAUCACGAGACAGUUGAACACCAUCGUCUCUACCCCCCCUUACCUCCGUGACGAAUUCGACAGGGAGGCAGUUAUCCAGGGAAUCACCAACCUCCGAGAGUCGCUAAAGGGUGUGGCCAACCUGACGUGGAUUACCCCUCCCUCGAACGUCACGGUCGAGGCUUUUGUAGACUCGAUACCGGCUACCCCUGCGAAACGUUGCGCAAACCACUGGAUUGGUACGGCCAAGCUGGGCACCGACGACGGACGGACCGGUGGCACCUCGGUGGUGGACCUCGACACCAAGGUGUACGGGACUGACAACAUCUUUGUCGUCGACGCCUCCAUCUUCCCUGGCCACAUCACAGGCAACCCAUCGGCUGCCAUCGUCAUUGCGGCCGAGCACGCAGCGGCCAAGAUUAUGGCGUUACCGGCACCGGAACCCGCGGAAUCUUCGUAGUCUUUUCUACUUGCUGUUGGCUAAGAGCCCAAGACUCAGCUCGGGCACCGGGGGGUAGCUUUAUUAUCUGAAUCGUCAGUCGGAAACAUGUAUUCAGGUCGGAUUUCCAGAUAGCUGUAUCCAAGGUACCGGUUUGUCGCGGGCUACCUACAUGUAUCUGGCUCUAGGUGAAUAUUAUUCGUCUUCGCACUCCGCGCCACGCUUAAGUGGUGUUACUCC